CGGCCCUGCUGGUUCAGUGGGAGGAGGAGAGUCAGUCAGUCAGGAGGAGGACGGGAGUCCCAGCGGCAGUUUGGGAGAACCAAGGCGGGGGGAAAAGUGCGUCCAAACCGGGAGAAGUCACACGGAGGUGUCCGCCAUGAGUUGGGGAACGGAGCUCUGGGACCAGUUUGAGAAUCUGGACAAACACACUCAGUGGGGGAUUGACUUCCUUGAGCGCUAUGCAAAGUUCGUUAAGGAGAGGCUGGACAUAGAGCAGAACUAUGCCAAGCAGCUACGGAAUCUGGUGAAGAAAUACUGUCCAAAACGUUCAAAAGAUGAAGAGCCAAGGUUCACAUCGUGUAUGUCGUUCUACUCCAUUAUGGGCGAGCUGAACGACUACGCCGGCCAGAGGGAGGUGGUGGCGGAGGAAAUGUCCCACAAGGUUUACAACGAGCUGAUGAGAUACAGCCAGGAGCUGAAAGCCGAGCGGAAACACCACCUACAGGAAGGAAGGAAGGCUCAGCAGUUUUUGGAUCACUGCUGGAAACAGAUGGACAACGUAAGUUUGGGGGUUGAGGAGAGAGAACGUGUUUAUGGUAAACACUUUUCUGUCGGGGACGAGCAACUGCUACUCACACACUAACUGACACCAGGAAGG